AUGAUCAUAUUGGUGUCAAGUCUCUUGCCCAUCUUAAAACGUGGUAUAGGCGUUCAUCAUUCGGGUCUGCUCCCAAUUUUGAAAGAAGUAAUUGAGAUAUUAUUUCAAGAAGGUCUGAUUAAGUGUCUGUUUGCAACAGAGACAUUUAGUAUUGGAUUGAACAUGCCGGCAAAGACGGUUGUGUUUACAAAUGUACGUAAGUUUGAUGGAGACAAGUUCAGGUGGCUAUCUAGUGGAGAGUACAUUCAGAUGAGUGGCCGUGCUGGACGUCGAGGUAUUGACAAACGAGGUAUCUGCAUCCUCAUGGUUGAUGAGAAGAUGGAACCUGCUAUUGCUAAAUCAAUGCUCAAAGGAAGUGCUGAUUCUUUGAACAGUGCUUUCCAUUUGAGCUAUAACAUGCUUCUAAAUCAGUUGCGGUGUGAAGAAGGUGAUCCUGAGAAUCUUCUCCGAAAUUCUUUUUUUCAGUUUCAAGCUGACCGUGCUAUCCCGGAUCUAGAGAAGCAAAUCAAAACCCUGGAAGAAGAGAGAGACAGCAUGGUGAUUGAAGAAGAAGAAAGCUUAAAAGAUUACUAUAAAUUGAUUUUGCAAUAUAAGAGCAAGAAGAAGGAUAUACGUGAAAUUGUCUUCACUCCAAAGCACUGCUUACCCUUUUUGCUGCCAAACAGAGCUGUUUGUCUCGAGUGCACAAAUGAUGAUGAAGAGCCACAAUCAUUCAGCGUUGAAGACCAGGAUGCGUGGGGAGUGAUAAUGAAAUUUAACAAAGUCAAAACCUUAUCUGAAGAUGAUGAUAAUAGAAGACCAGAGGAUGCAAACUACACCGUAGAUGUGCUGACUAGAUGUAUGGUAAGCAAGGAUAGCGUUGGCAAAAAGAAAAUUAAGGCUGUGCCAUUUAAGGAGCGUGGUGAGCCUGUUGUGGUCUCUGUUCCUUUAUCUCAGAUUAAGAGUUUAAGCAGUGCAAUCAUGAAUAUACCAAAAGAUCUUGUACCAGUAGAAGCUCGAGAGAAUGCUCUGAAGAAGGUUUCUGAGUUACUUUCUAGACAUCCCGAUGGAAUACCCCUUGAUCCUGAAGUUGAUAUGAAGAUUCGGAACAGCUCUUACAAAAAGACAGUUCGUCAGCUGGAGGCUCUGGAAAACCUAUUUGAGAAACACAAAAUUGCAAAAUCUCCCCUCAUAACACAGAAGCUGAAAGUUUUUCACAUGAAGGAAGAGAUAACGGCCAAGAUCAAAUCACUGAAGAAAACCGUCCGAUCCUCAACUGCAUUGGCGUUUAAAGAUGAACUUAAGGCCAGAAAGCGUGUUUUACGAAGGCUAAGAUACAUCACUAGCGACAAUGUAGUGGAGUUGAAGGGAAAGGUUGCAUGUGAAAUCAGUAGUGCGGAUGAAUUAACAUUAACUGAGCUAAUGUUCAGUGGUGUCUUCAAGGAAGCAAAGGUGGAGGAGUUGGUUUCUCUCCUCUCUUGCUUUGUGUGGCGAGAGAGACUCCCCGACGCAGCUAAACCCAGAGAAGAACUCGACUUGCUCUUUAUACAGUUACAAGACACGGCCAGGCGUGUCGCCGAAGUUCAGCUUGACUGCAAGGUUGAAAUCGAUGUGGAGAAGUUUGUGCAUUCGUUCAGACCGGAUAUAAUGGAGGCCGUGUAUGCGUGGGCUAAAGGGUCGAAGUUUUAUGAGAUCAUGGAGAUUGCUCGUGUUUUUGAAGGGAGCUUGAUCAGAGCGAUAAGGAGAAUGGAGGAAGUUCUGCAACAGCUCAUAGUAGCUGCAAAAUCCAUUGGAGAAACAGAGCUUGAAGGUAAACUAGAAGAAGCUGUUUCCAAGAUCAAAAGAGACAUUGUAUUCGCAGCAUCUCUCUACUUGUGA